GGAUUUUGUUCCUAACCAAAUGUGUGCUCCAGCUGGUGCAGGGAUCAGCUGCUGAACUUGCUCGUGUGCUGUACCUCUGGACGGAUGUCAACAGAGCCCUGUGACAGCACACGGACUGCCGUCCCCUGCAGCAGGGGAUCAGUGCUGGGUGCUUGUCAGGCACAUCCCCCUUCCUCCAGUCUCCUGGCUUGAAGGACAGGUGAAGCAGUCCUUGCCUGGAUGCAUUCAUUUAGCCCCAGCAGUGAUGCUGGGCAGGUACCUUUCUGCUGUUCCCUGAAAUGCCACAUCUUGCAGAAGAGGCAGUCAAAGCUGCUUGACCUGACAGGCUCCAUCUGGCUCCAAAUUUUAGAUGUGAUGCUCAGAGAUUAUGCUGUAGAUUAAGGUUUUACUGAAUCCUGAAAUGAGUACGAUUUCCCAGAAGCAGCAGCUCUAACGUGCAGCCACAUCUCUGCUGGAAGCUUGCUCGGCUGGGUGGGGGUCGAAGUGUUCCCCACCCUGUGUACAGGAAGGAUGGAGCACGAAUAUUCACCCAGGCUGGUUUGCUGAGAGGCAGCCUCCAGCCGAGGAGCGAGAGGAGCGAGAGGAGCGAGAGGAGCACCUCCUGCCCCUGUGUCCCCGCGUGGGGCAGAGAGGGAGAGGCAGCGGCGCUGAUGUGGCACUGCGCUAGAUAUAGAGGAAAGUGCAUCCAGAGCCUUCUUCCAAGUCUCCAAGGCUGCAGAGCUGCAGAUACAGUGACAGCGGGAGCCGCCGAAACGAGGGCAGGAGACAAGGACAUCAGACAGCCCCCGUUCAGUGACGACCCCUCUCCAUCCCACGUUCCUGUCCCAGCUCAGCUUGCUCAGCCAUGAACGCCUCCGCGCUCGGCAGCCAGCUGAGACACCCCGAGCCCCAGGACGUGGCCGCCUUCACUCCCGUCUCCGUUGUUAGGAGCAUGACGAAGAAAUCUGACGCCCUGCCCAUGAUCUCCAUGAUCGUGGCCAUCUUUGUCCUCUUGGCCAUCUUCAUCAUCGUCAUGGUGCACUACGGCCCUCAGCUCCGCACCAUCCAGAUCACCCUUUACCACGAGCCCAUGCCGCAGGACUUGGACGACGGGGUGCACCUCACAGACUGGAAGAAGCUGGGCUCCCAGAAGAAGCCUCCUGCCCAGCCUGGCCCGUGGGAGCUGGGCGGUGUGGCCACGGCCAGCCUGAGCUGCCAGUGCUCCUGCAGGCACCACCUCCCCUGCAGGAGCGUCGAGCCCAACGUCAUCGAGAUCACCUACCUGUGAAAAUAGGGACUGGGAUGAUGGCUUUGCCCGGGACUUGCCGCUUUCUGCACGCUGAGGGCUGCAGGAAUCACCCCAGGAUGGUGCCUGUCUCCAGGGGGCUGAAUGUCACUGCUGUGACCCAUCGGCAAUGACACCGUUAUCUGGCUGCACCAAGCAAAAGCUGAGUCCCCAGCCCAGGCUCUGGGACUGGGUCAGCCUGCAUGGGACAGCUUUAGCAUUUUUCUUUUUCCACACUGCCUGGAGUGCCCAGGAGAGCCAUCUCGGUCCCUGCUCUGGGGGCACUGAGUUUACCCUUGUCAGGAGCUGGCAGUUGCCUGCUGUGGAGUUGCUUUCUGGAUUAAGGAUGUUUCCCCAUACACAGUGCCCCCCUUAUUCUGAUGGUGUGGCCCCACAGGGUGACAGCAGACUGCAGUGUCCUGCCUGGCUCUGGGAGCCUUCCUGCUGCUGGAGGUGUGAGGCAUCUCUUUGGACAAGAAACUGGUCGCAGCAUCUCCUCCCUCGGUGGAAAGUGGGCAUCAAAGCCUGGCUUCAGUUUGUGGGCUCACAGGCAGUCCUGGGGAGGGAACAAACCUCUGGGAUCACCCUCAAGGAUUUGUUCUGCUGCUUAGUCCCAGAAAUCAAACACAGCUCCACCUCUCCCCUUGCCACGCCAGCACAGCAAAGCCAAACCUGUGCCCACCCCAAGCUGCAUCCUCGGCACAGAUCCCUCUGUGUGCUGCUGGGCAAGGACCGGGGGCUUUCAGCCCUUCCCCCAGGUGCUGACCUGGCAGGUGCUCCGGCUUCCUCCAGCUCACUUAAUUCCAGCUUGUUCUUGCUUGCUUUAAAGUAGCAGUUGGACUUGCUGGAAAAUUGUGAUGUUUAUAAUAAAUAUAAUUUAUAUUAUA